UCCAGAAGAUGGCCUAGUAUUUACAUUAAUUAAGGACUGGCGCCGCAAUGGACUCCGGCCAGAUCUGGUCCGGCAUGAGUGUGAGAUUCAAGAUCCGGUUUCCGGGCCCCGAAAAAUGCACUGACUAAAAUUGCACUAAGACUCUAGUGUCAUGCUUUUAAAAAAUAAUUUUCGACAAAAAAAUAUUUUUUGGCAUUUUGUAUUUUGUAAAUUGCUGUUGCAAAAAUAGUUAGAAAAAUAUUUUUUUCUCUCAUUUUAGUGUCAUGAAUUCCAUUUUUACCAAUUUUGUGUUUGAAGAUGUUUUAAAUCCUAGAGAUUCAGCCAAAUUUAUUGUAAACAACGCAGAAACAAAUUUAAUUAAAAUAAAUAAUGAGGCAGUUGUCGAAGUGGCAGAAAUUAUUUGUAAUUCGACUUUAACAGAAAUUGGGCAAUUAAAUUUUGAUGAGUGUGAAUUUCACCCGAAAAGUGCUGACAAAGCUGCUGUUGAUUGGAUCUUCUUUAUCGACACAAUUAAUUUUUCGUUUUGGCCUGAUGAAGAGAUUAAUCAUUGGGAGAUUACCCAUAAUGGAACAACUCAGAGUGGCUAUUUUGGUGUUUGUGUGGCAAUUAACCGCGCCCUUGAAAAUGGAAUUCCGCUCACUUCCGCAGAUUAUAUGGCUAAUAUUGAAGAGGAAAUUGUCAAGGAAAUAUUUCGAGGAGAUAGAGAUGUUUCAAUUCCUCUUUUAAAUAAAAGAACGGAAAUGAUUCGAGAAAAUGGGAAAAUACUUGUUGAGAAAUUUGGAGGCUCUUUUUACAAUUGUCUUUUAAAAUGUUCAAAUAGUGCUUUAAAUUUGCUUCAAUUAAUAAUUGAGAAUUUUCCCAAUUUUCGAGAUUUUGCUGAAUAUCGUGGACGAAAAGUUUCCUUCCUUAAACGAGCUCAAAUUUUGGUUGCCGAUGUUUACUCUUGUCUACAUGGAAAGGAUUCUAAUGCUGAUUUUAUUGAUAUAAAUAAAUUAACAAUGUUUGCGGAUUAUAGAGUACCCCAAGCACUUGCUUAUUUAAAUGUUUUGGAAUAUGGAAAUGGUCUUUUGGAAAAUUUAAAAAAUAAUAAAUUGUUAAAAUGUGGAGGGGAAGAGGAAGUACAAAUUAGAGGGUUUUCUAUUGAGGCGUGUGAGCUUAUUCUCGACGAAAUCAAAAACAUUUGUGAAACAAGAAAAAAUUCAAUAAAUCGAGAAACAUUCGAAAAAUUAAAUAAUUUUACUUGUGUGGAUGUUGAUGUUUGGUUGUGGUUGUGGAGAAGGGCAAAUGCUCAAAAAAUCGAAGAAAGCGUUCCGUUCCACAAAUGUCGGACAAUUUUUUAUUAA